AUGGUGAAGGACCUUAAGGAGAAGCUGAGGCCAUUUGGUCUGCUCAGCCUGAAGGAGACUGAGGGGAGAUCUCAUUGCAGUCACAACUUCCUUGUGAGGGAAAGCAGAAGGACAGGCACUGAUCUCUUCCCUCUGGUGACCUGUGACAGGACCCAGGGAAUGGCUGAAGCUGUGUCGGAAGAGGCUUAUGUUGGAACAUUUACAGUUUAUGUUCUCAUUUCCCUGGGAACCCCCAUAGACCUGGUUCUCCCUGCCCAGUCCCUGGAGCUUCCACCACCAUGCCCAGAGCCCAGGACCCCACAUCAGCCCCCCGGAUCCAUCAGCCCCUGCCCAGUGGUGCCACAGCAGGGCCAUUCUCCAGGUUCCCCCAGCCCUGCCCUGCCUGGACAUGGCCCUGCCAAGCCGGGCCCACCCUCAGGCCCAUGGCCCAUCCCAGUCCCCCAGGAGGUGCCUGGUGGUCAGGGCCGAGGCUGCCUUGAUCUGGGCUGGAGGUGGGGUGGGCUGGGACUGCCAGGCCUCACCCUGAUGCCCUCCAUGGAGAACCUCCAUCUUCCAUCCCCCAGAGAUGUUUUGUAUGGAGAGAUGCUUUAUACUCCUCCGUAUUGUUUAGAGCUAGAGAGAAAUACCUGCAUGAAGGGCUCAGCCAUUGAAAACUUCUCCUGUAUGAUUUAUAACAUCUUCCUCAUGAACUGCACUUGGCAGGCAGGAAGGGAUGCUCCAGCAGACACACAGUAUUUUCUCUACUGGCAGCAGUCAAGAGGUGAAGAGGAGAUGGAAUGUGAACUUUACAUUAAAGAUGAAAAUUUCAGAAAUGUGGGAUGCAUCUUCCAAAACGUGAGCAUAGGGACUGAAAAAGCUUACUUCCUGGUGAAUGGGUCUAGCAACAACUCCCUGAUACAGUUCUAUGAUGAGUACAUUGACCUGUAUAAAAUUGAAAAGCUCAUGCCUCCAUCAAAUAUCACAGUCACCUGUGAUGAAAUUAAAAAUUAUUGCAUAAUUCAAUGGCAACGACCCCAAAUAAGUCAUUCUAGCAAGGACAUGUGUUUUAAAUAUGAAAUUAACAUAAAGUAUAAGGAUAAUCCUAAAGGAAAAUCCAUAUAUACAUCCAUACAAGAAGGGGGAAACAGUAACAUAUUUCUAAGAUCAAAUACAAGAAAGAAGUACAUCUUGAAAAUGAGAGCAGCUGGCAGUGCCUGCUUUGUGAGCCCAGCCUGGGGGGAAUGGAGCGCACCUGUUGAGUUCGGAAAUGAGGAAAUGAUAUCUUCUUCAGUAUGGAUUUUACUUGGAGUAGGAGUUGCAACACUCUUAAUGGCAAUCAUCACAAUUUUUUUCUGCAAAAGGACUGGCUGUUUGAAGGCAGCAUUUCCACAGAUCCCAGGACCAAAACCUGCUUUUUUUACACUGGCUAAUACAAAUCCAGAGCUGAUGGAGACCAACAUACAGUCAACAACAUCUGAAAAUGAAGAGAUAUUAUUAGUUGCUGACAUCAUGAGAUAGCCAAGAAAAAUGGAGGAGUCUGAAAGUGCAUUUCUUAGACAACUGUAUAUCCC